GAGAAGAGGGCAGGUUAAGUGUUUUCCGCUGAUGUGUGCAUCAGUGAAUGGAGAUGAAGCAUAUAUAUUUGGAGAAGUGAUGGUCAGAGUGGAGGGACACAGUUCUUGGUUACCUGCUAUAACGCACCACACAGCAUCUCAACACAAAAGGUCUCAGCACAAACCAUCAUGGAAGCUGCCAUCUGCACCCUUGUCACCCAGUUCAAGACGUACGCUGGGAAUGAAGGAUCCUCCAGCACCCUGAGCAAAGACGAAUUCCAAAAGCUGGUGAGCACUCAGCUACCCAACUAUGUCAAGAACGCCAGCGAUCCUGGGGUGAUCGACCAGCUCAUGGGCUCGCUGGAUGAAAACAACGACGGGGAGCUUACUUUCUCCGAGUUCUGGCAACUGAUUGGAAAACUGGCAAGCAAACAGGGAGGCUUCAGUCAGUAGAGUUCGCCAUCUUCUGUCAACUGUGGCUUUGGAGCAGAUUGCGCAACACCAAUCGGCUUAAUUUAAGCUGUCCAACUGUAAACUCAAAGGCAUCCUUUUAUCACUCCACCACUGCCACAUGUGUAACUCUUUAGUUAACCAUUUGUUGAAUACAGGAACUUUGAAUUAAAGGCUUCAUUGUCAUAAACCCUCAUUCACUAAUA